AUGCUGUACGACGAGCAGGACUUGAUCAACACCAUGGACAAGAUUGAACCCAUCAACUACCACCAACAGAUCGAGGCCAACGGCAUCAAGUUCUGGUGCUACAACGCCGGUCACGUUCUGGGCGCGGCCAUGUUCAUGAUCGAGAUCGCCGGAGUGCGAAUUCUGUACACCGGCGAUUUCUCUCGGCAGGAGGACAGGCACUUGAUGGCCGCAGAAACGCCGGCCUACACGGCCGAUAUUGUGAUCGUCGAGUCGACCUACGGAGUGCAGAUCCACGAACCGCGCAUCGAACGCGAGACCCGCUUCACGAAGCUCGUACACACCAUCGUCAGGAGGGGCGGCCGGUGCCUGCUUCCCGUGUUUGCGCUUGGCCGAGCGCAGGAGCUGCUGCUCAUUCUGGAUGAGUACUGGGAAGCGCACCCGGAGCUGCACAAGGUGCCCAUCUACUACGCCUCGUCGCUGGCGAAGAAGUGCAUGACCGUCUACCAGACCUACAUCAACAUGAUGAACGAAAACAUCAGGAAGCAAUUUGCGGUCUCCAAUCCGUUCGUGUUCAAGCACAUCUCCAACCUGAAGGGCAUGCAGCACUUUGACGAUUCCGGCCCGUGCGUGGUGAUGGCCUCGCCCGGUAUGCUCCAGAGCGGUCUGUCGCGUGAGCUGUUCGAAAAGUGGUGCUCCAACGCCAAGAACGGAGUCAUCAUUCCUGGUUAUUGCGUGGAGGGCACGCUGGCCAAGCACAUCAUGUCUGAACCGUCGGAGGUCACCGCCAUGGACGGCCGCAUGCUGCCGCUCAAGGCGUCGGUGCACUACAUCUCCUUCUCGGCCCACUCCGACUUCCUGCAGACCGCGGGCUUCCUCGACAUCAUCCAGCCGCCCUACGUCGUGCUCGUCCACGGCGACGCCAACGAGAUGUCGCGUCUCAAGGCCUCCCUCGUCAAUCGGUACGAGGGGAGGAACAUUCAGAUCUUGACCCCCAAGAACUGCCAAACGGUGCAGCUCAAGUUCAGGGGCGAGAAGACGGCCAAGGUGCUGGGCACGCUGGCGGGCGAGGGAGCCGCGCCGGGCAAGGUGGUCUCGGGCAUCGUCGUGCGAAAGGAUUUCAACUAUCACAUCAUGGCGCCCUCCGACGCUCACACCUACGCUCAGCUCGUCACAACACAAAUCGUCCAGAAGCAGGUGCUACCCUUCCACCAGCCGUUCGACCUUCUCCAGGAGUGCCUCGCCCAGAUGUUCGACUCCCUCGCGCUGUCGAGCAAGGAAAACAAGGCCGUCAUUAGGGUUCACGACGCGGUGUCUGUCGAGCACACGUCGACCUCGUCGGUCACGCUCGAGUGGAACGCCAACCCGGUGAACGACAUGUUGGCCGACUCCGUUCUGGCCGUACUUCUGCAACUCGAGUCCAACCCGCGUAACUUCAAAGCGCCACCGAGCGAUAUCCACGCGAGGCAGCGGACUAUCAAGCGGAUCGUCGAGGGCAACUUUGGCAAGGAGAACGUGAGCGUGGAGGGCCACGAAGUGCACAUCUCCGUCGACGAGCGGAAGGCCGUCGUGCAUCUCCACCAGGAGAAGGUGGGCGACGGGUGGACGGUGAAGAGCGAGAACGCGGCGUUGAAGGAGCGCGUGGAGCGGGUGCUGCGACACGUCGAAUCGGCCCUGCGCCCCAUCCCCGCCCCUGCUUCGCACUGCUCCGCUUCCGCCUCUUCUUCGUCGUCUUCCUCCUCGGGUGCUGAUGAUGCUCCCGCCGACGAUACAGUCAAGUCCGAGGAGUAG